UGGGCGAUACCAUUCAUCCGGCCCAACACCGAAAAAUAGCCUAUGAAAAGAUUAAUGAGCUCUAGAAGCCAUCAGGACUGCGGUUUCAAAGAGGAUUAUGGGCGUGUAGCUGAAUUCGAUGCGUUCCCUUUUUUGUUGGUCAUGAUUUUCCUGCGGAGGCUUGUGCAGCUUUCGGUGCUGCUGAUCCACGCUGGAUGGUGGGGGGUCGCGCCGAGCCCCACCGAUGAGGGAGCACUCCGGACUGGCCACGGAGAGCACGGAGAGCCUGGACACCAAGAGCCUCACAAGGACUCCUACAGCACCUUCGCCUCCGAGUUUCUGGAGUCCAGAUAUCUGUCCGAUGAUGGUUACCCAUUCCCCACAGCACCCCCAGUUGACCCCUUUGCCAAGAUCAAAGUCAGCGACUGUGGAGUAACAAAGGGCUGCAUAAGGUACGGGAAGCCGGGGUGCGAUGCAGAGACGUGUGACUACUUUCUGAGUUAUCGUCGCAUCGGGACAGAUGUGGAGUUUGAGCUGAGCGCAGAUACGGAUGGCUGGGUGGCUGUAGGUUUCUCAUCUGAUAAGAAAAUGGGAGGAGACGAUGUUAUGGCCUGUGUGCACGAUGAUAACGGGCGCGUGCGGAUACAUCACUUCUACAACGUCGGCCAGUGGGCCAAGGAGAUCAAGAGGAAUCCGGCUCGAGACGAAGAGGGCAUAUUUGAGAACAACCGCGUCACCUGCCGUUUCAAGCGACCGUUAUACGUCCCACGAGAGGAAACGCUUGUGGACUUACACCUCUCGUGGUACUACCUGUUUGCAUGGGGACCUGCUAUUCAAGGUUCCAUCACGAGGCACGACAUUGACAGUCCUCCAGUCAGCGAGCACAUGAUCAGCAUCUAUAAGUACGUGGACAUCUUCAUGCCCUCCACAGCUUAUCAGACAUUUAAUUCUCCCCUCUGCUUACUGCUCAUAGUAGCUCUCACCUUCUACCUGCUGAUGGGGACGCCAUAACGAAGCACAGCACAGCACAGCAGAGAGAGGAUGAAGCAGCAAUAAAAAAAAGUUUAAAUCUGAUGCCACAUACAAGUGCCCUCUUUGCACAGACUGUGUUAGAUAUAUUGAACAUGAAAGACUAUAUAUUCAUAACUCACACAGCAUCUUGAAGUAUUAAAGCAACACUCUAGAGGUGAUAUGUGCUGAUCUGAGUAUUAGACAAGAGGGCAGAGUAGUAGUAGUAGUUUAAAAUAGGCCAGUCAUUUUCAGUGUUAACGAUAGCUUCCAGUUAUAUAAAAAUAUGAGGACUCCAUUCCAACAAAUACAUCUCACAAGACUUUGAAACCCUGCAUGCACUGGAAAAUCUGGGAAUGGUUUCAGACACCCACCGUGCACUGGUGAAUAAUGUCAAACUUUGCCAAAACAACGGGUUUCUGAGGAUGAAAGGAAAAUAAAACAGCUCUCACAAAUGCUUCCCGUCUCCUCACCCUGCUACGUUUCUGUGGAUCUCAGCCUUAAAAAAAUAAAAUAAAAAUGUUGUUUGCUGGUGUUAGAAAUAUGGACUGCAGGGUUUCAGGAACAACCCGGUGCAUCUACUAUGUAAAAGAUUUUCGUAUACUUUUUUUUUACAUCCUUGUCUGAUUUCAUCAUCUCACUUCCUCAACCACAGUAACUGCUUUGUUUAUCAGUACUGUGACACUGUGACUUACAGCAAGACUGAUGAGAAGAGUUACUACUAUUGCCUGUUCAAGCAAUAACACGGUUAACAGAAACAUUUUGCUCUUAUAUGAAGUAAUAUUUUUUUCCCCUGGGUUGCUAUUGUAGCUUUUGAAGUGUAUUAAAAAUGGUUGAAUAUGUUAAGAUGUCUCCCACUGAAA